GCAAUUUGCAUAAUUGUUCUGGAUGUGCUUGAAGAUUCUAUAUUCUGUAGCUGUUGGAUUCAGCAUUUUAUGCAUGUCCAUCGCUAAACUUACUGCUUUCUUCAUUAAUGAGAAAGACAUGCAGAGCAGUACCAGGAAAAUGGGCAUCAUGACUGAUGUCCAUAGGCGAUUCCUCCAGCUGCUGAUGACUCAUGGUGUGCUGGAGGAAUGGGAGAUCAAGCGCUUGCAGAAGCACUGCUACAGGGUCCACGACCGCAAUGCUACCGUGGAGAAGUUGGAGGACUUCAUCAACAACAUCAACAGUGUCUUGGAGUCCUUGUAUAUUGAGAUAAAGAAAGGAUUCACAGAAGAUGACGGGAGACCCAUUUAUGCGCUGGUGAAUCUUGCCACAACUUCAAUUUCCAAAAUGGCCACUGAUUUUGCAGAGAAUGAACUGGAUCUGUUUAGGAAGGCUUUAGAACUGAUAAUUGAUUCAGAAACUGGCUUUGCAUCUUCCACAAACAUUUUGAACCUGGUUGACCAACUUAAAGGCAAGAAGAUGAGGAAGAAGGAAGCUGAGCAAGUGCUGCAGAAGUUUGUGCAGAACAAAUGGCUGAUUGAGAAGGAAGGGGAGUUUACCCUGCACACCCGGGCCAUCCUGGAGAUGGAGCAGUACAUCCGGGAGACAUACCCUGAUGCUGUGAAGAUCUGCAACAUCUGCCAUAGCCUCCUCAUCCAGGGUCAGAGCUGCGAAACCUGUGGGAUCAAGAUGCACCUGCCUUGUGUGGCCAAGUAUUUCCAGUCGAAUUCAGAGCCACGCUGUCCUCACUGCAAUGACUAUUGGCCCCAUGACAUACCAGAAGUCUUCAACCCUGAGAAGGAGAGGGAGGCUGGUACCUCCAAGUCGAACAAGAAGUCUUUGCGGUCCAGGCAGCAUUAGCCGCUGUGUACCUGGGACAGCCUGAUCACCCAGCCCUGCCUGAGAGAGGGCAUCAGUAUUUCAUAGUUCACACAAAUUGCCUCCCUUGUUCUUUGUAUUCAUUAUUAACAGCUUUGGAAUAAAAGUGUUAGAAGUUGCAGCAA